UCUGUCGCGGCGUGAACGUCGUGCGCGCGCACCGCAGAGCUAACCUCACUUCACGUUGUUGUUGUUUGUAGCGAAGUGGAUGCGACCGCCUCCGACGCGAGUGCUGUGAAGUGCCAAUGUUGGUGAUGGACGCCCCUCCGCGGGAGGAUGACUCGCUGUCCUCGGCCAUGAACAACAACCACCACGCCAAGGAGGUUUACCAGUCGUGGCACCCCCAUGUGUACGCGAACCCCCCCAAAACUCCGACCCCCCACAUGAUCUCGGACAUUCUGGGGUGGUCAGGGACUCCCUCGGACCCCCCGGUGGACCGGGACGAACCUCUCAACCUCACUGUCAGGAGCAGAUCCCCACAGCGGCCCUUCAGGGAGCCCGCCACUAACGGGGUAGACAAGGCUGUUAACGGCAGACUCGAAUUUCACCCGAAGGCGGUAAGAAGGGCGGCAUCCGGAGUUAACAAGGAUGGAAGUCCGGCAAAGAAGAAGAGCAAGAAGGAGCCAGUGAUUGGGAAGGCGAGUCCUCCAGUGCUGCCUCCCGUACCCACGACUCCGCUGGCCAGCCCGGGCCUGGGUGGUGCAGAGAGUGACGGUCAUUCCUCGGACGGGGACCGCAAGCGCAAGAAGGCUCGCACCACCUUCACCGGCCGUCAGAUCUUCGAGUUGGAGCGACAGUUCGAACUCAAGAAGUACCUGUCCUCCUCGGAGCGAGCCGACAUGGCCAAACUGCUGGGUGUGACGGAAACUCAGGUGAAGAUCUGGUUCCAAAACCGAAGGACGAAAUGGAAAAAGCACGACAAUAUCAGUAAUGCGGAAGCAGCAGAGCAUAAGCCCCCAGGGACGACGAAACCAGAAACUACAGCGACGCCCGGAGGCAAGAAGUCCGGAGGUAGUAGUGGUGGAGACGGGGAGGGGGAGGAACAGUCAUCUAUGGACGGUUCGGAGAGUUGCUACAGUGUGGACUCUAAACCCCCCUUGCCACCGUCACCCCCCUCGCCGAGCCCCCCUAGCUCAGCUCCCCCACUCCCACUGGUGCCCCCUUCGGUACCACCGGCUCCUCCUAAUUCCUCUACUACGGACCCUCCUCAGGCGACGACCCCAAGCUAACCUACCAGCCCUGUGCAAUCCUCUCUUCUUCCUCUAGGGGUUCUAGCCCAUCUUUUGUAACUAGUGUUGAAGUGAAUUAAACUACAGUAAGCCGAACUUUUAAUAUUCUAACUAUGUGCUGGCAACGGUGUGGAUGCGCUGGAUUUAAAUACGUUUAUCGUUUAUAUUUUUGGAAAAUUAUAAUAUAUACUUUUUUUUCGAAAAAUAACGAUAAUGUAAUUUUGUUAUACACUGUUUAGAUACAAACAAAAAGUUUUCAUUAAAUAUAUGAAAAGUAAAAACCAUGGUAUGUACUAUACGAUUUUAUGUUAAAAUAAAUUCAUCAUCAAAUUAGCACUUUUUAUUACGAAAUGAUUACUGUCAUAUAA